UUCUGAAAGCUAGUUUCAUAGCUAGCUUCCCCUUUUUAUGCAGUCCAGGAAUUAACCAUAUUUUCGUUUAAGAUGUUGGCCAAACACACGGUGAACUUGCGUUGGUAGCCAGCUAGCAUCUUUAUGACCUGCUGUCCUAUAUAAUUUUAUUCAUAAUACCAAAAGCUUUUAAACUAGCUGACCCAGUAUCAUGGACGUCAUACUGAGCAGGAUGACUGUUUCUGAAAUUUAACUGGCGUUACCAUCCAGUUGGGACAAAAAACGGCGCUGACAAUUAGUGGUUUAAAAGUGCAUCAGCCAACAUGAAAAUUGUAUGUGAGCCGGUAUUUUAAAGAGACUUCAUUCCACACAACCUCGAAGGCUUGGGUAAAACCGCACCUGCACGAGCUUGUUGGAGCAGUGCACUGUAAAAGUGUCACAGUAAACAUGUCCGAGGACACUAACGUGGACAGGUUCAUUAAGGAGACUUCAAUCUUGGAAGAGUAUAACAUCAACUGGACACAGAAGCUCGGAGCUGGUAUAAGUGGUCCUGUGAGGGUAUGUGUGAAGAAGUCAACACAAGAACGAUUUGCUCUUAAGAUCUUGAUCGACAGACCGAAAGCUCGCAAUGAGGUGAGACUUCAUAUGAUGUGUGCCUCCCACCCCAACAUUGUUAAGAUAAUUGAGGUGUAUGCCAACAGUGUACAGUUUCCACAUGAAACCAGUCCAAGGGCAAGGUUAUUGAUUGUCAUGGAGAUGAUGGAAGGUGGUGAGCUGUUCCACAGGAUCAGCCAGCACAGGCACUUUACAGAGAAGAUGGCCAGUCAGGUCACAAAACAGAUAAGUCUGGCUUUGCAAAACUGUCAUUCGUUAAAUAUUGCACAUCGAGAUUUGAAACCAGAAAAUCUACUCUUCAAGGAUAAUUCACUGGAUGCCCCUGUAAAACUUUGUGAUUUUGGAUUUGCCAAAAUUGACCAAGGUGAUUUAAUGACGCCACAGUUCACACCUUACUAUGUAGCACCCCAGGUGCUGGAGGCCCAAAGACGGCACCAGAAAGAAAAGUCUGGAAUUAUACCUACCUCACCCACCCCUUACACAUACAACAAGAGCUGUGACCUGUGGUCCUUGGGUGUGAUCAUUUAUGUGAUGCUGUGUGGAUAUCCUCCAUUUUACUCCAAGCACCACAGCCGUACUAUCCCAAAAGACAUGCGCAAAAAAAUCAUGACUGGCAGCUUUGACUUUCCUGAAGAGGAGUGGAGUCAAAUAUCUGAAAUGGCCAAGGACAUUGUACGCAAACUACUUAAAGUGAAGCCAGAGGAGAGGCUAACCAUAGAGGGCGUAUUAAGUCAUCCCUGGCUCAACUGCACUGAGGCACUGGACAACGUGCUCCCCUCUGCUCAAAUGAUGAUGGACAAGGCAGUUGUGGCUGGAAUUCAACUGGCCCAUGCUGAGCAACUGGCAAAUAUGAGAAUACAGGACCUCAACAUGAGUCUAAAGCCACUCAACUCUGUGAACAACCCCAUUUUGAGAAAGAGAAAGCUACUUGGGACCUCUCAAGCUCCAUCAGGUUGGAUGGGGAGCGUCGUUGCACAGCCAUUUUCAGAUCUCUCCAGAGAUGUUCAAUCGGGUUCAAGUCUUGGCUCUGGCUGGGCCACUCAAGGACAUUCAAGAGUUGUCCCGUAGCCACUCCUUUGUUAUCUUGGCUGGGUGCUUAGGGUCAUUGUCCUGUUGGAAGAUGACUUCACCCUAGUCUGAUGUCCAGAGCGCUCUGGAGCAGGUUUUCAUCAAGGAUGUCUUUGUACAUUGCUGCAUUCAUCUUUCACUUGAUCCUGACUAGUCUCCCAGUUCCUGCUGCUGAAAAACAUCCCCACAGCAUGAUGCUGCCACCACCAUGCUUCACUGAAGGGAUAGUAUUGGCCAGGUUAUGAGCUGUGCUAUUCAGGCCAAAAAGUUCAAUCUUUGUUUCAUCAGACCAGAGAAUUUUGUUUCCCAUGGUCUGAGAGUCCUUCAGGUGACUUUUGGCAAACUCCAGGUGGGCUGUCAUGUGCCUUUUACUGGGGAGUGGCUUCCGUCUGGCCACUCUACCAUACAGGCCUGAUUGGUGGAGUGCUACAGAGAUGGUUGUUCUUCUGGAAGGUUCUCCUCUCUCCACAGAGAAAUGCUGGAGCUCUGUCAGAGUGACCAUUGGGUUCUUGGUCACCUCCCUGACUAAGGCCCUUCUCCCCCAAUCGCUCAGUUUGGCCGGGCGGCCAGCUCUAGGAAGUGUCCUGGUGGUUCCAAAACAUAUUCCAUUUACGGAUGAUGGAGGCCACUGUGCUCAUUGGGACCUUCAAUGCUAGAGAAAUUUUUCUGUACCCUUUCCCAGAUCUGUGCUAUAAUCUAGACAAAGGUCUAUAGACAAAUCCUUGGACUUCAUGGCUUGGUUUGUGCACUGUUAACUGUGGGACCUUAUAUAGAUUGGUGUGUGCCUUUUCAAAUCAUGUUCAAUCAACUGAAUUUGUGUGUCUUGGCAAAGGUUGUGAAUACUUAUGUACAUGUGAUUUUUUUUUUUUUUUGUAAUUUUUUUUUUUAAUAAAUAUCCAAUGAUUUCAACCCAUUCAUAUUCUACGUGGAGAGAGACAAUCCACUCAUAUUAAAGGAGACCUAUUAUGGCCCUUUUUAAAAGAUGUAAUAUAAGUCUCAGGUGACCCCAGAAUGUGUCUGUGAAGUUUCAGCUCAAAAUACCCCACAGAUCAUUUAUUAUAUCAUUUUGUAAAUGUCUCUUUUUGGGUGGAAUCAAAAACACACUGCUUUCGUGUGGCUCUCUUUAAAUGCAAAUGAGCUGCUGCUCCCUGCCCCCUUUCAGGAAGACUGCGGUGUCUUUACAGUUUAUGCUUCAGAUAUUACAGCAAAAACAAAUUAGAACUAAUAUGACUGACAGCGUAAAUGCCGGAGUUCAGCCGUAUAUGUAUGAACCAGAUUCGGACACUGAUGAAGGAUAGACCCCCGGGCAGAAGUCACAUCUGUGAGAAUGAACCAGGAUGUUUCUGAAUGGUUAAUUUACACUACACAGCUGUGGUGAGUCAGACUGGCAACAAACAUCCCUCGUGGUACUGAUAUGUUGUGCAGAUCUGCUGGGCUUUCCGAGUAAACAUUCCACUUUUAGUACAACACUUUUAUGUUCACAGAAAAUGUACAUGUUUUCAAAUAGGCAAUCACCUUACUGUAUUGGGCAAUAAAGGUGCGGUUAUGAAUUAUACAGACAGUAAGCUAAAAAUAACGACAUAGCUCUGGUCUCUAUGUGAAUACAAUUAGAGACAAUGGUAACUUUAGCUUUAGCUGGAACAUGGACAGUUGGUACUGAUCCAUGCUUGAAAAUAAAUUGUUUUGAAAAUCCUGCUUUAUAUUGACACUCAUUCACAAAGCAGUCUGGUGUAAAAUUAUUUGCACAAACAUACACAAAUUUUGGUAUGUUUUGGGCACAUUUCCUUCAAAAACAAAACUUGUCCACUGCAUCUUCAGUGGCUCUGAUUCCGGGAGUACAUGAAGACUCAUGUUAAUUUUACAGCCAACAACAGAACACUUAUGACGCUUACAAAGCUGAGACAAUAUUCUUCUCACUGUAGCUGCUCCAGCACAAAAAUAAAAAUAUAAGGUGCUUCCUCGGACAAUCAAGUACAUGUUCACUGAGACAAGCUCACUUGGAGGCACGUGAGAAACACACCAUGACUUCCCCAGCGAUCUUCUGUUUCUGAGUUUCUUUCUUGCAUUACUUGAAUCGAUCAUGUUUCUCUCUUGUCGAAUUCGCAACGUCUGGGAACAAGAAAAUGCUAUGAUUCUUCCAAGAAAGCUUUCCUUUCCUCCUCGCCUCACGCAACACGAGCUCUUUAUCGGAUGAUCUCAGAAAAUUUACCAGAAUUGAUCGGGGCCUGUCUCCCUCAGCCAGUCUGCGAGCCGGGACUCUGUGAGCCUGCUUGAUUUCCAGCUUGUGGCCUGUUAGGUCAAGCAGACUCUGAAAGAGCUCGUCUAGGAAUUUCACCAUAUCUCUGCCUUCUUCAUGCUCAGGAAUUCCAACAAUUUGGACAGUGUUUCACCAAUUACGAUUCCCCAAAUCCUCCAGUUUUUCCCAAAUGCAUUCCAAGUCUAUCUUGUUCACUAGCAGAUUUGCAGCUAAUUCACUCUUAUGACUCCAAAUAAUCGAUCUGUCGCAAAGUCCCCGAUUCUUGUAACCAACUCAGAGAAUUUCGUUUUCCAUCACCGUAAUCGAUCGCGUAUUACAGCAAGAUCCUCUAAGUCAGCAACUACUUUCAUCAGCAUCACUGACAUGUUGGACAGUCGACGUUGAAUUUCUCCCACCGCACCAUCCAAACCGAGUCCCUGGUUUUUGGGCCUGUCUGAGGUAAAGCUUAAGCACGUAAGUGUCUUUUAAUAUCUGCAGAUCCUGAUUUAGAAUUAUUUGCCACGUUGACUUCAAAGAACAGAUAUGUAGCAGGGUCUUUCAAAUCUUUCCGGUUUAUGACAUAAAAAUAAUUAUACAAAAUAACUUUUAAAAAAAAUUUGUCAUAAAAAACGCAGUUUAUACGUCAAAUCGAUCAAAUCUUUCCGGUUUAUGACAUAAAAAUUAUUAUACAAAAUUAUUUAAAAAUAUUAGUAAUAAAAAACGCAGUUUAUACACUUCUCACAUGCAGAAUAAGAAUAUUAAUUUUAUCAGGCUAUAUCACAAAUAUAACUGGUUAUUUUUUUGUCAUUUAAUGUUUUAAUCAGGAUAAUUGUCCAGUUGGGCAAGUAAAAUUCUCUUUCACUUGCCACUUUAAAAUCCACUUGUCCCAGACAAGCAUUAAUGUUGAAACCUGCUGACUACUUAAAAUUUAGUUUUUCCUUCCUAUCUGGGUAUAAUUAACAGUAGGGAUGGGCGUUUUGGUCAUUUUGUUUAUUUGAGUGCUCAAAGUAUUUACUCUUGUCUACAUGUCUAUGUACAUAAUGUUUCAGACAUACUGUACAUCUUUGGCUGCUGCAGUGUUGUUCCAGUGUCUCGCAUAUACAUUUUUAUAAGCUGUUAUAACGUAAUCUGUUGUACAAAAGGUGGCAUAAUCAAAAUAUAACACAUCAAAUUUUGUUACUUUGUGAAGACUCGCUGUCCAAACUCAAUGAAAGAAUGCUCAAAGCAUGUGUCUCUGCUCUUACAAGUUACCGUAAUUAUCUUAAUAAGCAUGUAUCAAUUUAUUUUACAUGGCUGGUUGAACUGUGUAUUUGCAAAAUGUGGUUGGCUUGACCUGAGAUGCCAUAACCAUUCCAUUGGAAAAACACUGUGUUUGAAAAUAGUUUUGAAGACCCUGCUUAUUGUUUCAUUCAUUCACUCGCUUGGUGUGUGUGUGUGUGUGUGUGUGUGUGUGCGUGUGCACAUCUCCAGAGUGUUGAGCGCUGUCUCUGCCAGGACAGAAAGUCAAGCUAUGCUGUGAUGGAGCUUGUUUCUGUGAUGAGUCAUGCUGUGUUCUUUUCAACUUGAACUUCCUACUGGGAAAAGUGCAAUGGAACUUAGAAACUCGUGUGGAAAUCUUCAACUUAGAUUUUACAGAGAUGCAAAUGUUUGUCACAUGUCGGUACACAAGGAGAUUUAAAGAGUCAAUGAAAAAAAUACAUUCAUAUUUACAUAAUAUAAAUUAAUGUGUAAAAUGUCCUACAUUACAUGUAUGCAAAUGCUUGCAGAAAUGUGUAUCUCUAAAAUAAAUAAAUUAUACUCUCUUUUGAUUAUUGUAUAACUGAACUACAAAUUGCAGCAUUGUUUAAUAGUUUGGUUGUAUUUUGCCAUGAUGUCUCUGUUGACAAUCAAGGUACUGCUGAAAAUCACAACAUAAUCAAUCCCAAAAUUAAAAAGUAAGGCCACUCUUUGACACUGUGUGUGUAGUUGUCACUGAAUUUAAAAUUUAGUAAAAUGUCAUGUCACACAUGAUUAUUAUCGAUCAUUGUUCAGUAUUAUUGCUAUUACUUCUGAGUACUCAAGCUGUAUUGCCCAUCCC